AACUUUGCUUCCGGGUGGCAGGCGGCGUGCCGCGCUCACGUCACCGGCUCUUCUGGGUCCGCGGCUUCGGAAUGUGGCCCUGGAUAGCGCGGCCGCUCCAGGUGCACUCCUGGGCGAGCCUGGCCCUACGGAGCCUGCACGGGACGCCGACCUGGGCGCGACCCCUUAUCCCCAUCGUCGUGGAGCAGACGGGCCGGGGAGAAAGGGCCUAUGACAUCUACUCUCGCCUACUCCGAGAACGGAUCAUCUGUGUUAUGGGACCUAUUGAUGACAGUUUGGCCAGUUUAGUCAUUGCCCAGCUGCUUUUCCUUCAGUCAGAAAGUAACAAGAAACCCAUCCACAUGUACAUCAAUAGCCCUGGCGGUAUUGUGACUUCGGGUCUGGCCAUUUAUGACACCAUGCAAUACAUCUUGAAUCCCGUCAGCACUUGGUGUGUGGGCCAGGCGGCCAGCAUGGGCUCCCUGCUGCUUGCAGCCGGCUCCCCUGGCAUGCGCCACUCACUCCCCAAUUCCCGAAUCAUGAUCCACCAGCCAUCUGGAGGGGCCCGGGGACAAGCCACGGAUAUCGCCAUUCAGGCUGAGGAGAUCAUGAAGCUGAAGAAACAGCUCUAUGGUAUCUACUCUAAACACACGAAGCAGCCUCUGGAUGUCAUUGAGGCCGCCAUGGAAAGGGACCGCUACAUGAGUCCUAUGGAAGCCCAGGAGUUUGGCAUCUUGGACAAAGUGCUGGUGCACCCCCCACAUGAUGGAGAAGAUGAGCCAGAGCUGGUACAAAAGGAGUCUGCAGUAGUCCCUGCUCCAGCUGGGCCCUGAGGAUGGAGAAGCCCAUUUCUCCCUGUGGACAGUGAGGAGCAAAUAGCCCCAAGAGGAUACCCCUUGUCUACACUGGCUCUUCCCCGACCUUUGCACUGUGCUGCUCUGUCCCAGGACUCUUGGUUGUAGCUUUAGAUUUCAGGGGUUCCGGGGGCCCAUCUGGGGGUGAAGCAGAGGGAGCAGUGGCCCAAGCUGCUGUGCCCGAGCUGCUGCCCCCGAACUGACUUGCCAGAGAGCAUUGAUUUUAAAUUAAAACUUUGGUCAUGUUUGGCCUCCAAUGUCCUCCUUUUUUUCUUCUUUACCUAGGGGAAAGAAAGCUUCGGGCAUUCCUUCAUUCAGUCAACAUGCCAGGACAGCCAGGUGGCACAGUGCAUAGUGCACUGGCCCUGGAGUUGGGAGGCCCUGAGUACAAAUGUGGCCUCAUACACUGUGACCUUGUCACUCAACCUCAGUUGCCUCCAAAACAAACCUAUCAAUUGUGUGAUUCUGGGCAAGUCACUACCCUCUCUCAGCCUUGGUUUCCUCAUCUAUAAAAUGGUGAUAAUAGUAGUAAAUGCUAUAUAAAUGCUCUUCUGUCCCAGUUUUUGUGUGACCUCAAUUCUCUGGUACCCAGGAAGUGAAUCACAGCCCAUACCCCAGGGCAUAGGCGUCCCAAUUCCAAUUCUCAAGCUUUAUACCCCUGUAAAAUAAUAAAGACAAUAAUCCCUUCA